UCUUAAAAUAUAAGGUUCAAAGGGAGAGAUAAAAAUGUUUCUUUUCUUCAAGUCUCUGUCAAGAUCAGUCCAUGAAGAACAGCAAGAACCAGAGUUCAAGAAUAAUAUUGAGCUGGAUGGUCACUGCACAUCGUUAACAGUGUGGAGAAAAUCGCUUAUAGCAAGCUGUAAUGGAUUUACAGUAAUUGACAAAAAUGGAAAUCUUGCUUAUCGAGUCGAUAAUUACAUGGGACGUCCUGAAGAAGUUGUUCUCAUGGACGGCUCUGGGAAAUCUCUUCUCACAUUGCGACGUCGUAAGAAGCUUACGACAGUUGAUAGCUGGCUGGUUUAUGAAGGAGAUGUAGAUGAAGAGUGCGGAAGAGAUAAGUUAUCGAAGAGACCAAUUUGUAGUGUAAAGAAGCAGAUGAGCAUUCUUCAAGCGAAGCGAAAUGUACUAGCGCACGUGUAUCGAGAAGCUUCAAAUAAAAGAUAUGCGUAUGCAGUUGAAGGUUCGUAUGCACAUAGAUCAUGCAAAGUGGUAGAUGAAUCAAGAAGAGUGGUGGCUGAAAUCAAGAGGAAGGAAGCAACAAUUGUAGGAAUUUCUUUUGGAGUUGAGGUGUUUGUUUUGACGGUACAGCCUGGUUUUGAUCCUGGAUUUGCAAUGGCUUUGGUCUUGUUAUUGGAUCAAAUGUUUUCUUAGAUUUUUAGCAGUUUCUUUGUUUGUUGUAAAUUAAUAUAUUUUUGUGAUAAUGAAAAUAUCUGCAAUGAUAAUUAAUUGAAGCUAACGCAAAGGAUACUGUUGUUAUGAAUUAAUCAGACAAGUAAUAUGAACUGGAAGA